GAUAGAGGUUUCCGGAGACCUAUAUAAACACGCCAAUCUCACCAGCUUAGGCAACGAAAACCAUUAGUUGCCAAGGAUGAAGACUCACGGAAUGAGAGGGGCCGCCAUUGCUCUGAUAGUUGCUCUGCUGUGGAACGGGGCAUCGGCGGGAAGCAUAAGCGUAUACUGGGGCCAAAGUACUGGCGAAGCCACUCUCGCGAAAACCUGCACAAGCGGCAACUUCAAAUAUGUGAUGAUCUCGUUUCUGACCACGUUUGGGAACGGGCAGACGCCAGUCCUCAAUCUGGCAGGCCACUGCAAUCCCGCAACGGGAUCAUGCAAAUCACUGAGCGCCGACAUUAAAACCUGCCAGUCCCGGGGCGUAAAGGUGUUUCUCUCCCUCGGAGGAGGCACCGGAAGUUAUUCAGUCGCUUCACCGGAUGAUGCGCGCAAGGCGGCCGACUAUCUGUGGAACAACUAUCUCGGAGGGAGCUCGCCCUCCAGGCCUCUCGGACCCGCCGUUCUAAACGGCAUCGACUUCGACAUCGAAGCCACAACGAAGAACUGGGAGCAUCUCGUGAGGGCCUUGAAGGCCCGUAGCACCCCCUCUAAGAAGGUCUAUCUCAGCGCUGCUCCGCAGUGUCCCUUUCCUGACGCACAUCUUGGAGAGGCCUUAAAGACUGGGUUGUUCGACUACGUGUGGAUCCAGUUCUACAACAAUCCUUCCUGCCAGUACGCCAAUGGCGAUGCUUCCAAGCUGUUGAAUUCGUGGAAGAAGUGGACAUCAUCUGUACGGACUGCUGAACCACGGGGAUUCUUCGUCGGGCUUCCGGCUGCCCCUGGUGCUGCUGGCAGCGGUUUCAUUCCUCCAAACAUCCUUAUCUCGAAAGUGCUGCCUACUGUCAAGAAAUCACCCCAAUAUGGAGGUGUCAUGCUGUGGUCCAAGUUCUGGGACGAAAAAACCAAUUAUAGCUCAGCUAUCAAACGUUCUGUCGUAUCGAACCCGUCCAUGGAUGACCUCGAUGACGUCGGUGAGGUGCUUACUUUCGCCUAUCUCGCAGAAUGAAAACUCUAGUAUCGUGUAAAUAACGCUUGAGCUUAUGUAUAUAAUGCUCAGCCUGCGUUUCUUCAACUCUAGAUGAGUGGAGAUAAGAUAUGUAAUAAAUUUGCACAAGUUAUGUAUAAAUUAAUCGUGCUAAGAACUUGGAAGA